GCGCGUUGCCGUGGCGACGGGGGCGGGGCGAACGCCCGGAAGCGGAGCCAUGGCGGCGGAGGGUCCCGCCGCGCUGCUGCUGCUGCUGCUGGUGGCGGUGGCGGGCGGCGACGACGCGGACUGGGUGCGGCUGCCCAGCAAGUGCGAGGUGUGCAAAUAUGUGGCAUUGGAGCUGAAAUCUGCUUUUGAAGAGACCGGCAAGACCAAGGAGGUGAUCGACACCAAGUAUGGCUUCUUGGAUGGGAAGGGCGCUGCCGUCAAGUACACACAGUCGGACAUCCGGCUCAUUGAGGUGACAGAGAACAUUUGCAAGAGGCUGUUGGACUACAAUCUGCACAAGGAAAGGAGCGGCAGCAACAGAUUUGCAAAGGGUAUGUCAGAGACGUUUGAGACCCUGCACAACCUGGUGCACAAAGGUGUCAAGGUGGUGAUGGACAUUCCCUACGAGCUGUGGAAUGAGACCUCUGCCGAGGUGGCGGAUCUCAAGAAGCAGUGUGAUGUGCUGGUGGAGGAGUACGAAGAUGUGAUCGAGGACUGGUACCGGCACCACCAGACGGAAGAUCUCUCCCAGUUCCUCUGUGCUGACCGCGUGCUGAAAGGGAAGGAUGCCAGCUGCUUAGCAGAGAAGUGGACCGGCAAGAAGGGGGACUUGGCGAGCGCGGGGGAGAAGCCGAGCAAGAAGAAGAGCGGGAAGAAGAAGAAGAAAGUGGAGAAGGAGCAAAGCGAGGGUGCCGAGAGCUUCUCCACGGAGGAGAGCGGGGUGCAAGAAGCCACCCCGCUCCCCCACAGCCCCACCGACGAGCUAUAGGCAGCGGCUCGCAAGGACUGAGCGGGGAGAAAGGCUCUUCCCCCGUGCCACAGCCGCAGCUCCCGGCCCACCACGGUACGGACUCGUUCCCCCCACAGCGCGCCGAGCCGGGGCCGCGUCCUCCCAGCGCCCGCAGCACGGCUGCCCGGGGCCCUCCAGCGCCGGGGCUGCGAAUAAAGACCUUUUUCGCGGAG